CCUGACCCUGACCCGGAGGCGGAAUUACGUGACGUUAGGUUGGCUCCAAAUUUGAAAACGUGGCAAGCUCCAGUUUCGGUCGCAAUGUUUGCCAAAAUGCAGCAGACUGUAACAAGGUCACACUGAGGUCCAGACGAGCCCGGCCGCGGCACCUCUGAAGUAUUUUACAGUCUCUGGGAGCGUUACUGUUUGGGGAAAAAAAAGGAGGCGGAAAAUGCAGUGCACACCUGAGUCCCAUGACGGCGUCAAACACCAACCGUGUUAUGAGUGUUUUGAUAGUGGCUACUCUGGUUCAUUCCAAAGUCCACAGAAAAUCAAUGGGUUUGACUUUGGUGGAUCUUAUCCUUCAGGGGAUUGCAAGAACACGCCCAAAAAGAAACUCAGACUUUCUCUCACCCCUAAGGAAAGUAGCGGGGUCAGAUUUUUGCACAACGAUACCAAAGGGGUUCAGCGAUCCUCCACUCUAAGCUGGUGUGAAACUCCCAAAAUAUGCAAAAGAGAUGUCUCACUGCGACAUAAACUUAUUAUGUGCAGUUCCACCAAAUAUGUCAAAAGUGACAGCACAAUGUCCCCGUGUGACGGAAGGUUGGAAUCCUCAAUUAGGACUGACCACCAGCUCAGUGUGUCCUUUGACUCUGACACUGCGCCACAGACUCCGAGCACUUUAAAAUUGGAGAAGGAUUUAACGUUAUCUGCUUGGAAACAUCGCCUGCUCUUCUCUCAGGGAAGGACCUCCACUCUUGAGGAUGGUACCUUAAGCUCGGGGGACAGCAACAGUUUGGAGAGACGGAUUUCACUCUUAGAUUUCAGUGAGCACCAUCACGCCUCUGAUCAUUUACAUUCAGAAGUGCUCUGCUUACGCAAAUUCCUCCCAGUUUCAUCCAAGGAAAACUUACACUCACCAGUGACCAACCUGUCAAGUGACCUGUAUGACUCAUCCAAUGUUUUGUGCACACCAUCAUCAAUACAUACACCUAAAUGCAUCAGGUUUCUGCGUGAGGACAGUGGCUUCAGCUCCCUCGAUAAAUCCCAAGACUCUUCUGUCGACCACAAUGGUUCCUUCCAGGAGUUAUUGCUUUCCGCUUCGAAAAGAAACUCCGAAACCCCCAAUCUGACGGAUACAAAGCGGCGCUCCCGUUUGCAACGUCAGAAAAGACUUUCCACUCUAGAGGAAGGAGGCUCGUUGUCUGAUGAAGACCAGUCGGACAGAAAGCAUCAGUACAGCCACACUUGUAUCAAUGAGGUUUUUAAGGAAACCCCUACCAAGGUUCUGUCUGUAAAAUGCAUCAAAACAACCUCUGAUGGGCUGGAAUCAACUAGUCAAAGUUAUACAACACCUCUGCGUAAAACUACAGCCACGCCAGAUAACCCGCAUUCUAGAACCACAUCUGUUAAAUCCCAUACGACCCCCAAGACACGAACAAUAACAACCAACCUCUCCCUAACACCUGCUUUACAGCUGAUACAUAAUAUGUGUGAACAGAGGACUAAGAUGUAUCCCUGCAAAAGUCCUAGUCUCAAAGUCCAUCUGAGGACCAUAGCAGCCCUUGCUGAGGCCCCCACAAUGUUUGGGACAUCGAUGCCGUUGGCGGGGCUGAUUGGCCGGAAGAUGGGCCUGGGAAAGGUGGACAUAUUAACAGAGCUGAGGAAGAGGAACCUCGGGCACAUACUGGCUGUUGUUUUCGGUCACUUGUCUCCUGAGUGUGUAUACAGAUGUGGUCAGGUCUGUAAAGACUGGAAUGAAAUAAUCCAGCAUGACAAGCAAGCUCACUUGAAGAGAGAAAUUCACCGCAGUGCAGUAGAAGGUGCUUUGGAGCUUGGUGGAACUGGUCAUGUGACUAAUGCUGAGAACAGAUUGGCACGGCUUCAAAGGUCAGCCCUUAAGACUGUGCAGGUACAAUCGAGUACCCCAACUUACUGCACCCCACAGUCUGGAAGCCGCACUUCACAAUCCAGCUCUUUAUCUUUGGGCAACAGCACCAAACGGGACAAGUUCAUAGAAGUGGCCAAAACCCUCUUCAAGGAUGAAUGUCUCAAAGAAUGUCCGCGAUGCCAGCAUCCUGCAAAGUGUCACUUGGUGAAAGGUGAAGGUGUGUGCACGAGAGCUGACUGUGCCUUCCAGUUUUGCACAGCGUGCUUGUGUACCUUCCACGGAUCCAAAGAAUGUAGGAGCCAAUCUGCGGGCCGUCGCAGGAAAGAUGUAUUACUUCCAGGAAGUGCCCAAAGCAAACGAAAUAUUAGGAGAUUAUGAUAGUCCAACUGAGUGUAUCCCAUUUCACUGUUUUGAGAGUAUUUUCAAAAUUUGUUUUUUCUUUUUUUUUUUUCUUUUUUUUUUUGUGGAGACUGGUUAGUGAACACUAGAUUUAACCAAGUCCUGUGUGUUGUGCGUGUGUGUAUCACUUUUCCCCCUUUCAGUAUUUUUGGAUUUUUAAUCACAAAUCUGGUAAAACUUUUUUUUACCUCACAUAACAUCUUUGAGGAACUUAUCAAUUUUAUUAUUGGUAUGUUUUGAUACUUUUCCAGUGUUAUUCCAGAUCAUUUUAAAAACUUUUUGUUAUUUUGGGGAGGGAGCGAACAAACGUCUUGUUUCUCUGUUAAGUAUGAUUAAACUUUAGUCCUACUUUUCCUGUAGUAUGUUAUAUGUAUUAGUUUGGUGACAUCUAGUGGUCGUUUUUCACUAGCCUUUCUCUUCCUGUGCUUGUUAAUUUUAAAACAAUGUAUUUUUGGGCAGGUGGGCUCGAUUUACAAAAAAAAAAAAAAAAAAAAAAUCCUUACAAUUUGGCUUGCAUAAUUUUAUAAGAUAUCCUACUAGAGGAAAACGUGUUAUUUGACACUCCUCCAUUCUUUCAUUAAAACUUUUCUUAUCAACCGAUCACACUCAUUCAUGUUGUGGAAAGUGCGUUCACUGCCAUAGCAACCUGCAGUGCGCAAUUACAAAAAACUUGGUUACCCGUUAAGUAUUGCGUAAGGAAUUUAGUGUUUGGAUACAAGGAGAAAUGUAUGGUGAAAUUUCAACAGGUAAGAACCAAAAUUUUAUGUUUGAGAAUAACGAUAAUAAU